CCGCCUGCAGAAGGGUGAGCUGGAGACAGGGGAAGCAGGGCUGUCCUGGGGGGCUCCCUUCCUCCCCGAGGCUGCUCCCCUCUCCUAGGUUCCCCUUCUGCUCCCCAACCCCUCAGCCCCUGCCAGGCCGAAACCGCUUGCCCUCCCCCUGCUCUUGGGUUCCCGCGCCCUGGCGCGCACAGGCCCCUGGAUCCCUGGCCUGUCGCCCGCCGCCGGCCCCGCCCCCGCCCCCGGCAAGGACAUUGCCUCCCGCGCCAGUGCGGGCCUCAUCCGUCUGUCCCCCUAGUCUUGCUCCUUGUCCUGCCCCAUGGCUGCUUCCUCCGCUCGGCCCUCUGUGCUGGCCCUGAGUGGGCUGGCACUGCUCCUGCUCCUGUGCCUCGGUCCAGGUGGCAUAAGUGGAAAUAAACUCAAGCGGAUGCUGCAGGAAGGAGAAGCCCCUGCUCCAACCAGGGCAGAUGUGGCUGUGGGCGAGAACAAAGCCAAACAGUUCCUGGGCAGUUUGAGACGCCAGCGGCGGCAGCUGUGGGACCGGACACGGCCCGAGGUGCAGCAGUGGUACCAGCAGUUCCUCUACAUGGGCUUCGAUGAGGCGAAAUUCGAAGAUGACAUCAUUUACUGGCUAAACAGAGACAGGAAUGGACAUGACUACUAUGGCGAUUACUACCAACAUCACUACGAUGAAGAUGCAGCCAUCGGUCCCCAGAGCCCCGACAGCUUCAGACACGGGGCCAGUGUCAACUACGAUGACUACUAAUAGUCCCUGGCUGCACAGUCCCCAGGAAGCUGAGUCCUGCCCUUCAGGGUCCUCCAGGCCCCCUCAAUGGGGCUUCCCUUGGGCUUCACGUCUGUGCCCUUCACCCCACUCUGUGGAACCAGAGAGCUUAAGCAAAGAAUGUAGUGCCAGCGCCUAACCAUGUAGCUCAUCUAAACUUACAAAUAAAAGCAUUUUCUUAAAGGAAA